GAAAGCUGUGACGGUACCACUGAGCUUCUUGUUGUCAGAUGGACUUCAUGGAGGACGCUGAGGAGGCCCGGACCAUAGAGCUGAAUGACGGCAGGAGAAUGCCAGUCCUGGGUCUGGGCACGUGGAAGUCGGCCCAUCUGCCGCCGACCUCGAUCCAAGGAGCCGUGGAGGCCGCCAUCGCCGCCGGAUACCGCCACAUAGACACUGCACACAGCUACAGGAACGAGGUGGACAUCGGCAAGGCUCUGCACUCCAAGAUGAAGCAGGGCGUCAUCCGGCGAGAGGACAUGUUCAUCGUCAGCAAGCUGUGGUGCACCUUCCAUGCCCCGGAGGACAUCACCUGGUGCUUCAACAAGAGUCUCAAAGAUCUCCAGCUGGACUACCUGGAUCUCUACCUGGUGCAUUUUCCAGUUGGCCUGAAGAAAAUGGGAGACGAGCGUUUCCCGAUGAAGGACGGAGUGAUGUUGACCACGGACAUCGACUACGUGGAUGUCUGGAGGGGGAUGGAGGCCCUGCAGGCUUCAGGGAAGGUGAAGAGCAUCGGCGUGUCCAACUUCAACAUCCUGCAGCUGGAGAGGCUCCUGGCUCUGUGCAGAGUUCCUCCUGCUGUCAACCAGGUGGAGCUCCAUCCCUACCUGGUCCAGCCCGACAUGGUCGCCUUCUGCAAGUCCAAGAACAUCGCUCUGACCGCCUACAGCCCCUUCGGCUCGCCGGCCAGACCCCCGGAGAUGUUCAGAGGAGACGCUGAUCCUGAAAAGCUGCUGGAGGAUCCGGUCGUUGCAGAAAUUGCCAAGAAGCACCGCCACAGUCCCGCUCAGGUGCUGCUCAGGUAUCACGUGCAGCAGGGCGUCGCUGUGAUCCCCAAGAGCGACAAACCUCAUCACAUCCUGGAGAACACCAAGAUCUUCGACUUCAGCCUGACUGACGAGGACAUGAGCGCUCUGAGAGGUCUGGACCGCGGCUGGAGGGCCUGCAUGCUGGAGCAGGUGAAGUCUCACCCGUACUACCCCUUUGAAUGAGGACUCUGGAUCCGCGGAGGCUUCGACGGACCGUCGCCGCCGGCUCCACGGCCGUCGCCAGGAAAUGUGAACGCAGUGAAUGAGACAGAACACUUUUCUAAUGUUUUACACAGUUUUUUAAUUGAAAUGUUGAAAUGUCCAGAAGCACGUCAUGCUAUGUGACAGUAAUCAGCACUGAGCACGUGUUCAUGUCUGAAUGUGUUCCUCAUGAAACCAUAAAUAAACCUUCAUUUAAACAA